AUGCAAAGUGCAAGUGCUACCUUGAAGCGACUUACGCUUGAGUUGGGAGGAAAUGACCCUGCGAUUGUCUGCAGGAGCGUAAAUAUCAAGGAUGUGGCACCAAAUGUUGCUACCUUUGCAUUCUUCAAUUCUGGACAGGUUUGUAUAGCAAUAAAGCGGAUAUAUGUACACGAAUCCAUCUACGAGGAGUUCCGAGAUGCCGUGGUUGAAUACACAAAAUCCCUCAAAGUGGGCAAUGGCCUUGAGGAGGGGAAUUUCCUCGGCCCCAUACAGAAUUCAAGCCAAUAUGAUCGUGUUCAAGGUUUCUUUGACGAUGUUGAGCAACAGGACAUGAAGGUUGCCUUUGGUGGGGCGCCAGGUGACUCGAAGGGUUACUUUAUCAACCCCACAAUUAUCGAUAGACCCAAGGACGAUUCUCGACUGGUGACCGAGGAACAGUUCGGCCCUGUUGUUCCCCUUCUUGCCUGGUCGGACGAGGAAGACGUUAUUGAACGUGCCAAUAAUACGGCCAUGGGCCUUGGAGCAUCAGUGUGGUCCUCUGAUCUGCAAGAGGCUGAUCGCAUCGCUAAGCGACUUCAAGCGGGCAAUGUAUGGAUUAACACACAUCUGGAUCUCAACCCCACGGUUCCAUUUGGUGGACACAAGCAAAGUGGCAUUGGAAGUGAAUGGGGCAGCGCGGGGCUGAAAAGUUACUGCAAUAUCCAGACCUUGCACUUGAAGCUGUAG